CUAGCCUUCUCUUUGUGGAGUCUGUGCUACUCAUCAAGUUCUCAUUUCUCUCUGAUAUAAAUUAUUAUCUCCUCUGUUCUUUGAUUUCUUCUUCUUACUUACUUUGGUCGUUGUAGUUUUGUGUGAUAAGAAAUGGCACCGCCAGUAGUAACGUCGGGCAUCGAGAAGGAGGAGUUCGAGGGGAAGAUCACCUUCUAUGUGGUGGUUUGCGCAAUUAUGGCAGCCACUGGUGGUCUUAUGUUUGGUUAUGAUGUUGGGAUCUCAGGAGGAGUAACAUCAAUGGACGAUUUCUUAGAGAAAUUCUUCCAUGGAGUCUAUAUAAAGAAGCACCGAGCUUACGAGGACAAUUAUUGCAAGUAUGACAACCAUGGACUCCAACUGUUUACUUCGUCGCUGUAUCUUGCAGCUAUCUUUUCCAGUUUCAUUGCCUCGAAGACCUGCACAAAAUUUGGUCGGAGACUAACAAUGCAAGCUGCCUCUAUGUUGUUCUUAGCUGGAACAAUCCUUAAUGCUUCAGCACAGAAUCUUGCAAUGCUCAUCGCUGGGAGACUUCUUCUUGGCCUUGGUGUUGGUUGUGCAAAUCAGGCAAUCCCCUUAUUCUUAUCAGAAAUUGCGCCAGUAAAGCACCGAGGAGGACUCAACGUCCUAUUCCAACUCGCUGUAACUAUUGGCAUCCUUGUCGCUAACCUCAUUAACUACGGAGCAACAAGCAUCCACCCAUGGGGUUGGAGACUAGCCCUCGGCUUAGCUGGAGUGCCAGCGAGCUUAUUAUGCAUCGGUUCCUUCAUAAUCACAGAAACUCCGACAAGCCUCAUCGAAAGAAAUAAACAUGAACAAGGACUCGCCGCUCUCAAAAAAAUUAGGGGAACUGAUAAUGUUCUUGCAGAGUAUGAUGAAAUUGUUCACGCCUGUGAAGUUGCUAAUGAAGUAAAGCAUCCGUUCAAAAAUCUCAUGCACAGAUCCAAUCGUCCUCCGUUGGUUAUUGGGAUUUGGAUGCAGAUAUUUCAGCAGUUUACAGGGAUUAAUGCCAUAAUGUUUUAUGCGCCGGUUUUAUUUCAGACUGUUGGAUUCAAGAACAAUGCAUCCUUGUUGUCUGCAGUCAUUACGGGUACUGUUAAUGUGGGCUGCACCAUAAUUUCUGUCAUGUAUGUGGAUAAAGCUGGAAGGAGGACAUUACUUCUCUCUGCUUGUGUGCUUAUGUUGAUUGCUCAGACGACAAUUGGAGGCAUUCUUCAAGCAUACUUGAAAUCCACCAACAACCUUGAUCGUAAUGUGGCCGUGGCAGUUGUUGCGUUUGUGUGCAUUUAUGUUGGAAGUUUUGCGUGGUCGUGGGGUCCUCUCGGUUGGUUGAUUCCCAGCGAGACAUUCCCUUUGGAGACGAGGACAGCAGGUUAUGCCUGUGCAGUGAGCACGAACAUGCUCUUCACUUUUCUCAUCGCUCAAGCUUUUCUUUCCAUGUUGUGUCAUAUGAGAGCAUCCAUAUUCUUCUUCUUUUCCGGAUGGAUUCUUGUUAUGUCGUUUUUCGUCAUAUUCCUCUUGCCCGAGACGAAGAAUAUUCCUAUUGAAGAGAUGGUUGAUAGAGUUUGGAAGAACCAUUGGCUUUGGAAGCGUUUUAUGAAUGACAACAAAAAUGACGACAGGAAAGUGAGCAAGUUGGAGAGAGGGGCUUCUAGGUGAUUUAACUCGCGAUGAAGAUCGCCUUUGAAACCUUUUUUUCCCUCCCCCCUUUUGAACAUGAUAUUAGAUUUGUUCAUUGGUUAUCAAUUUCUCCGAGGGAGAUGAUAGAACCUUAUUUGUCAAAUUUGGGGGGCCUUAUGGACCCUGUUUUAGACAAAUGAUCCUUCAUUGUUAGUUCUUAUGUGGUUUCUUAAGAUAAUGGUUUGAACUUUGAAGUAGUUUCCAUUA